UCCACUCCGCCUCCAUUAAGCAUCUAGUCCUAUUAUUCGGACACCGCACCAUCAGCCCCAUCAAUGUCCGCUGCCCAAAUCUUGAGUCGCUCACCGUCAACGUCGCCCAUGAGCUGCGCAUUGAAGCUCCCAAGGUCCGGCGACAGAUCCUGGAAGUGCAUUGAUGAGGAUUCUCGAAUCUGCUUAUGGAAUCGAUGGCACCGCUUGGCUCAUGCUGAAUUCUAACACAACUCCAAACGGAUUAACAGCAGAACACGAAAUUUAUAGAAUUUUUUGUCCGGGAUACAAAAAGGACGCAGUUUUUUUAAACUUUGACUUCGAUCUUAAAGAUCAAUCCUCAACGAUGAUAUUGACUCAGCUUCUUAAGAAAUGUAAUAACAACAAAACCAGGUUUGAUAUACGUGUGGAUGCUAUGCAUAUACAGAGCACUAAUGAAAUGGCAAGGGACGAUCACUUGCUUCAUGGCUCUACAUAUGUAGAGCUAAUUAAAUUACGAAUGAUCAUGCCCGGGAGGACGUUUGAAGAGUUUCUCUCGUAUCAAAAGAGGACUGAGGAGGAAAUAAAGACAGUAUUGCGAAAGUUGAAAAGUCGCACCAGUAAAGAGGAAUUCAACGAUGUAUUAGUUUCCAAUCAGCCCCUGGUCGAAGUAUCCUCGAGUAUCACUAACUGUAUUGAAAUAAAAUUUUAGUGUGUUUUUUCUUCUUCUGUUCAUUCAGUGUUUGCUAAUUGUUUGAUUUCAGUCAUAUAAUGCCUUUAUUUAAAGCUCA